UGUAAUUUAAAGAAGCUGCGCACUUAUUAAUCAAGUGAACAUUUAAAGUAAAAAAAAAUAUUAAACAUUAGUUUUAAAUUAUGAGGAGAAGUUUUGAAGUUUUUUCCCAGUCAAAUUUCGUGGCAGAGAAAAUUCCGCAUAAAUUUGAAAUUCCUGCUCAGCUAUAGUCCUUGUAAGCCGACAGCUAAUUUAUGCAGGAUCACUUCCCAAAAAUGAAAUUGUAUUAACUGCGAAUACGAAAUUAAGGGCCCGAAACGACAACGACGACGACGACGACGACGACGACGACGACGACGACGACGACGACGACAACGAAAACGCAUACGCGAAAACGAAUUAAAACUUUUAAGGACAUUAAAAGUUCUGGUGAAAUGCGAUGAGUAAAUAUUACAAGUGAAUAUUAAAGAAAAAACAAUAAAUACAAAAAAAAAAAAACAAAGAAAAUGUUAAACAAAUUGAGAUACUCAACGCGAAGUGUUUGCUAAGUAGGCGAAUUAAUGUUAUGUUGAAUUGUAGAUACAAUUAAGCUUAACAACGCCGCAUUACGCGAAAACAAAUGCUUAGGAAAACGUAAAAUCCGGAGCAUGUCAUGCUUAAUUUCCACAAUAAAAGAGUACUUACAACUGGAGCUGUACAUAAAGCCAAACGCCGGGCUGCAGUUGGAAUGAAAUAAAGAAUACAGAAUACAGAAUUCGCAAUUCGGAAUUCAGAUAAAAACAAUAACAACUUGAAGUCAAGUUAACAAAAAGUGAAGUGCUUAAGUGCAACCAGCCACAAAAGAUACAAAGGAAAAUUUCGGUGCAAGGGAAACUCGCGAACCAAUGUCAAGUAGUGACAAAAGGAGUCAAAGUGAGAAUAACUUGAAGUAAAAAUAAAUGCGACGACAGAUGUCCUUUGCGAGUUCCUGUGCAAAGUGAGACAAUAAAAUUCCAUGUGACACUGCUAACUCCUUGCAUCAAUGGAAAUUUUUCUUACUUUAGUUUGACUGCAUAUAAAAAUUUUCCACGAGAGCAAUAAAAAUCAACCAACCAAAUCUGUCUAAUCCAGCCAUACGCAGAGAAGCAAGAUGUCUUCCAUGACUCCAUCAUCCAGAAAUUGAUUAAACGUCAACGAAAUAAAUUAAAGACAAAAAUUUACCGCGAAAUGAGCACAAUAACUGCAGAUGGUCAGUCGCCGCUAGGAGCGGGGGCGGCAGCAGAAAUUUUAUUACUUGAUGGCGCUAAUCAAUCAUAUUCGCCAUUUUUAUUCUCCUCCGAGGUGGUCGGUGUCAAUGCCUCAAUAACAGCGCUAGACAUCGAAAAUUUGCAACAAUUUUUGCGACAAAAUAAAAGAUUCCAUCAGAACAUCAGUCAAAUGCUGAAUAUGUCGACAGAUAAUCUUACAAAUUUGCUGACCACCGCACAACAUCCACAGCCACAACGUGAUCCACUACCGCUGCUGAUGACUCUGACAAUUUUCUAUGCGUUCAUCUUUGUGGCAGGUGUGCUCGGAAACUUAAUAACAUGCAUUGUCAUCUCACGAAAUCGCUUCAUGCACACGGCGACCAAUUUUUAUCUUUUCAAUUUGGCUGUGUCCGAUAUGAUUUUGCUGUUGUCAGGUAUGCCACAGGAUUUAUAUAACUUGUGGUUUCCGUAUUCUUAUCCUUUCACGGAUGUCCUUUGUGUUAUGGAAAGUGUGCUAUCGGAGACAGCAGCCAAUGCCACAGUGCUGACGAUAACGGCAUUUACAGUGGAGCGUUACAUCGCCAUAUGUCAUCCGUUUCGACAACACACCAUGUCGAAGUUAUCGAGAGCAAUAAAAUUCAUUUUUGCCAUUUGGGUGACAGCGCUCCUACUCGCUCUUCCACAGGCGAUGCAGUUUUCCGUUGUGGCACAGGAUGGUGGCACUUCAUGCACGAUGAAAAAUGAUUUCUUCGCACAUGUGUUUGCCGUCUCUGGAUUCAUCUUCUUCGGUGGACCCAUGACUGCGAUUUGUGUUUUGUAUGUGCUCAUUGGUAUGAAGUUGAAGCGUAGUCGUUUGCUUCAAGCGGUGCCAAGACGUUGCUAUGAUGUAAAUCGCGGUAUUAGCGCACAGAGUCGAGUCAUUCGCAUGCUUGUUGCUGUUGCUGUUACGUUCUUUCUUUGCUGGGCUCCAUUCCAUGCCCAGCGUCUUAUGGCUGUUUAUGGUUCAACUGCUGGCAUUGAGUCCAAAAUAUUUAAUGAUAUAUUUCACAUACUGGAUUAUACAUCGGGCGUGCUGUACUUCCUCUCAACGUGUAUAAAUCCGCUGCUCUACAACAUUAUGAGUCACAAAUUUCGUGAGGCCUUCAAGGUGACAUUGGCUCGUCACUUUGGACUUGCGAACAGGUACCAAACGCAGAAUCACAACUACAGCGCUCUGUUGCGCCAGAACGGUUCCAUGCGGCUGCACACAACGGUGAAUAAUAAUGCCUUAGAGCAUUUUAAUUCUUACCGAGUAGUGCAAUUGCAAUGUCGUGACCCGAAUCAUCAUCUUUCUCUGCAGGACAGCAUCCGUACAACAACAACAACCACAACGAUCAACAGUGCUAACAGCGGUAGCGGCAAUGGUAUGGGUGGAAACAAUAGCUGCAGAUCAUCGCAUCGUAAUCGCUGCAUAUCAAUAGGAUCACAAUCAACACUGCUGACAUCACUUGGCAAGAAUGACGUCUACAAUAGCAACGGCAAUCACCGUAGCAGCGUCGGCAAUGACUCAUUGCAGCAUCGCAUAUUGCAAACACAAAUCUCGCAACUCUCAUCGGUGGGUGACGCGAAUUCACUACUUGAAUCAGAGGUUGGCAGUCACUACCACAAUCAUGCACAUCCCAGUAACUCGUAUCGAUUAAGAGAACUUAAGCGUUCAAGUGUCAACAUGACUGGCCGCAGUUUGCAUUCACGACCUGUAGAAGAUCGAAUGUCGAUUAACUCUCAAAAUUGGGAGGAGAGUAACAUUGAGUUAGAACCACACUGCUUAGAAGAGACUGAAAUGUACAAUCGACCUGUUGCGCCAGUGGCACCACAUAUAAUGGCAGCAACUCUAGUUGCCACGCAACCAGUGCAACCAAUGAACACAAUAGCUGAGUUAAGCGCUCAAACACAACCUUCCCGUUCGCGUCUCAAACUUUCUCGUAUCAUAAGCCGGCGCGAUCAAGACGCUUAUCUUACUCAAACUAGUCCGCGCGUAGAGUUGAUGCGUGCACAUUUGCCCGGUAUGAGCAACGCGCCUCUACCGCUGGCUAGAACAUCAAGCAACCGCAAGCAACCAGCACAGGUCCGUGAUUUCCGAAAGACUGUCAAAGCCAGAGCGCAACCCCAUAAAAGUGGUAAAACGCUAGACAGUCUAACGGAAAAGUUUCGUUGGCGCGCUCGAAAAAAGUUCACCAUACCGCGCUCAACAACGGAAGCCAACAACCGCAUUCGGCAGGAGUCUUCUUCGUCAACAUCAUCAGCCGGCACGCCAACACCAACGACAGCGCUGAUGCGUGUAGUUUACCCCGCGGCGGCAGUAACAGCUGCAACCGAAACACCCACGAACUCAGAGUUGACGAUACGCAACAGUGGCUUGGGAUAUAGCGCUAUGCCGAAGGCAUUAUGAUGUUAAUAGCACACACGACACACGAAAGGGCAAGGAAAGAGAAAUAGAAACAUUCCAAAUGUAUGAAAUUUAAAAUUUGCUAGUAGAAUAUGAGACCUACUUAAGCUAAUGAAGCAGAAUUUUGUUUGGCGUAGAAAAAUAAACAGCAAUAACUCAACGAAAAGAAAAUAGAAUUGGGCACAAUGUAAAUUUAUAGGCUAAAAAGCGUACAUCGAGCACAAGAACAACAACAAUUGAUUUUGUUUUAAAAAGGGCGCCGAUAUAUUUAUUUGCGUAUUACUGCUAACAAUAAAAAUACUAUAAAAUUUUAUUCAAAUAUUUACUUUAAUGCAAUAUGUUUUUUAUAUGCUCAAUAUGUGCAAUCAACCGUCAAAUGUCGUUCGCUCGACAAUAACAUAAAAAAUUGCGUACAAGUGUACGUAUAUAUCAUAUAUGUACCACAAUGUGAAAAAAGUGUAACAAAUAAAUAACAUGAAACAAGCAAGCAAAAAGCAAGAAAAGGACUAAGAAUUUAGGCAUAUGCAUGAACAUGUUGAGUGUGAAAUAAAUGAGUUACACGCAUUGCUACAACACCAAUUAUCAAAUAAAAUAACUUAUACACACAGCCAUCAUCAGCAACCACAUUCACAUGUUAAAAUUUUUCACUCGCAGACACACAAAUGAUGAAGCACGAAGAAAUACACAAAGCUAUUAAGAAAAAGAAAUAUGCAAGAACAUACUUAGUUAUAUAGUUAGAAAAAAAUUUAUA